AUGUUUAUCUUGUGGACCACGCUCUUUUCUCGCGGGCCGGACCUGACGCGCACCAUCCCUCAAUUGUUGUUCGGACACACGAUUGUACGCACAGCAGCAGCAGCAGCAGCAGCAGCGACAGGAAGUACGAUGGAAGGCGCCAACUUUACCCCGCAGCAGAAGACCGAGCUUGUCAACCGAGUCCGCUCGGAAGUGCAGCAGCAGGCGCUCCAGGAACUGACACAGAACCUGCAGGAAAAGUGCUUUGACAAGUGCAUUGCACGCCCAAGCGGCAAGCUGGACGGCAAGCAGCAGAACUGUCUCGCGCUGUGCAUCAACCGCUACAUUGACACGAUGAAAGUGGUCUCGGAGGCGAUGGUCCAGCGUGGGCCUCAGGGCUAA